AUGGAUCAACUUCCUCGAGAUGUUCUCACAAGGAUAUUUUCCGAUUUCACUUACGCCGACCAGACGGCAACGCUAUCAUUGGUGUGCAAAGUGUUCAGUGAAGUGAUCCGUGCCAUGAAGCCGCACUUCUUCGAUUCGAUCCCCAGUGAAGUGUUGCUCCGUGUCUUUGACAAUUUUGAUCUUCGCGAGAGGGCAUCGCUCGUCAGGGUUGACCGUCGUUUCCGUGAUCUAAUCGUCGAGAAGAGCAGCGGAGUGGCCGAGGUGAACGUGCUCAACAUAUUCGAGGAGCACAUCUGGCUCCAACUCGGUGCGCCGCAACUCUUCCCGGUGAUUACCGUCGAGAAUCCCGAUGAGCUGAUCAAUAUCCUGCGAUACAUCAAGAACGUCAGUGCCGCCAAAGUGUGGUAUGAAUCGUCAGAAUUCGGGCAGCGCGCGAUUGAUCAGCUAGCCGAUUCGAAGAUGAAAAUGAGCUGUGUUGAUGUCUAUCCAUAUGCACCGGAGCAAAUCCUGGAUUAUCUGGACCGGAAAUUGCCAGAAUUGGGGGCGUUGACGAUGAGGCCGCAUGGGCAAAAUGUGUGGAAUGGAGUGCGGAUGACACAAAUGCCGGCUUUCAACGGAUUACGCACGCUUAUUAUGGACAAUUUUGAUAUUGGGGGAGACACCCCGAUCGAAUUCCCACCGAACGUGACAACAUUCGAAUUCUCGAAUCGAGGCACCCAUCACGACCCUCCACAAUGGGUUACUGUGGCCGAGAAGCUGUAUCAGAUGCCCCUGAUCGAAUUCCUUGGCUUCUCCCAUGCUCGAUUCAACACCAUUGAUGAUCUGUCUCGCAGGAACAUGGCCCUGUGUCCACGAGUUGAAAUUGAUCAAUCCGGUGACGAGGCGAGCAACGAAUUUCUGAUGGCUAUGAACACGCACUCGCUGCUAUUGCGCAAA